GUAAACAGACAGUCUGUUUUGUGUGUCAGACUCUAGCGGCGCUCCCUGAUCAGGACUCGUUCUACGAUGUGACGGACAGUCUGGAGCAGCUGGGGAUGGAGACCAUCAUCCACAAACACAUGAACAACAAGGGGACCGAGCCAGACCUCCGAGCCCAGUUCACCACCUACGAGACGGCUUUGAGGAACGAGGACGGUGAGAUGGACGACUCGUCUCCUCACCUCCGUAAAGAGAGAAGAAAGACGGCCGCCGGCGAGCAGGAGGGGCGAAGGAGCCGCCGCACCUCCAGUCAAAACCUCCCUGACCUCCUGUCCUCCUCCGCGGGCUCCUCGCCCUCCUCCUCACCCACACCCCCCACCUCCCUGUCCCCCGUCUUCCUGUCCCCCUCCACCGCCAACCUCCCCCUCGCCCCCGCCAUGUCCCCCGCUAACAUCCCCCUCUCCCCCGCCAUCUCCUCCGCCUCGUCCCCCAGCCCCACGGCGGGGUUGGGCAGCAGGGCCUCAUCCCCGCUGACCUCUGACCCCGGCAGUCAGACCUCCAGUCCGUCCGGAUCCCAGAGAGGGUCUCCGCUGCCCCCCCACGCAGCCCCCAACGGUACCGUGACCACGGAGCAGGAGCCAAAGUCUCCGUCCAGCGCUGGGCGCUCUUUCCUCAGCCACCACAUGUCAGCUCUGGGUCUGAGCAGGAAGUCCAGACUCUUCACCAAAACCAGCUCCAUCUCUGAGGAGCCUUCAGCCGCCAGCAGCUCCUCCUCCUCCUCCUCGUCUUCCUCGGACCUCUCUCUCCAGGAGAAGUCGUCUCAGUUGAACCCGGAGCAGCUCGGCACCAAGACGGAGACUAAAACCAGUUUCAACUCAGCUGACUGUAAUGUAAAUGUGGACAAGCCGGUCCUGAGGAGGUUUGCAGACACCUUCCUGCGCAGCCUGGCAGCCACUCAGUGGGAGAAGAAGAGAAGAAGUAAACAGCUCAGCCAGUCCAGGCUGUCCUCGUCUGAUGAUGUCAUAACCCCGAGCCUGCAGCCUGCAGACGAGGGCGAGGGCGAGGGCGGCAGCGUCCCGUCUCCGCAACUGACUCGUCAGAUCUCCACGUCCAGCAACGGACGCUCAGACUCCCAGAAUGACCCAGCGGCGCCGCCGGCGCUGCAGCGGCAAACCAGCACUCUGUCCAACGACAAGAAGUUCCUGCUGGACAUGCUCUACUCCAAGACCUCCUGCACGGCGCCGCUGAACCCCCCCGCUGCUGCUGCUCCCGACACCACCGAAGAAGAAGGGACCUUCCUGCCUGGUGGCGAGCUGGGCGGUCGUGGUCGUGGUCGUGUGUUGGAGCGUCUGUCCAGCUUCAGAGCGCGCUCAGUAGAACCCUCCAGCCCCAGCGAGAGCAGCGCCUCCCGCCGGGCGGAGCUGGAGGGUCUGGAAGGCUCGGCCCAGGCAGCGCUGGCCCGUCUGGCUGAAGAACAACAGAACCGCCACCUCCGCCAGCAGAGCAGCAUCGAUGCGGAGAGCCACGCCCGCCGCCUGGAGACGACCCAGAUGACCCCGCUGGGUCCCGGGGGCCCCGCGGACGCCUGGGACCAGCUGCAGCCGAGCGCCGCCGCCCUGCGCAUCAAAGACCUGGACUUCUCCGACCUGCUGGACGAGGAGGACAUCGAUGUCCUGGACAUGGACACCAUGGACUCCACCUCCUCCUGCUUCUCUGGCGUUCCUCCUCCUCCUCCUCCUCCCCCAGGUCUGGGUGUUCCUCCUCCUCCUCCUCUUCCUCCUCCUCCACCUGGUGCUCCUCCUCCUCCUCCUCCUCCCCCAGGUCUGGGUGCUCCUCCUCCUCCUCCUCCUCCCCCCCCCCCCUCCUCGUCCUCGGCGGCGACGGCGUCCUCUCAGAAGAAGAAGAAGAAGACGGUGAAGUUGUUCUGGAAGGAGCUGAAGCAGGCCGACGGGCCUCAGAAGUGCCGGUUCGGUCGGGGGACGGUGUGGGCGUCUCUGGACAAGGUGGCGGUGGACACCUCCCGACUGGAACACCUGUUUGAGUCUAAAGCCAAGGAGCUGCACGUCGCCAAGAAAGGACCUGAGACAAAGAAGUCUGAGCUUCUGGUUCUGGACCCGAAGAGGAGCAACGCCAUCAACAUCGGUAUGACCGUCCUGCCGGCCGUCCACGUCAUCAAGACCGCCAUCCUCAACUUCGACGAGUUCGCCAUCAGCAAGGAGGGGAUCGAGAAGAUCCUGACCAUGACCCCCACAUCGGAGGAGAAGCAGAAGAUCCAGGACGCUCAGCUGGCCAAUCCCGACGUUCCUCUGGGCACGGCGGAGCAGUUCCUGUUCAGCCUGGCCUCCAUCAGCGCCCUGACCCCCCGCCUGCAGCUCUGGGCCUUCAAACUCAACUAUGAGGUUCUGGAGAAGGAGAUAGCGGAGCCGCUGUUUGACCUGAAGCUGGGCAUGGAGCAGCUGGCGUCCAAUCAGACCUUCAGGAGAACCCUGGCCACGCUGCUCGCCAUCGGGAACUUCCUCAACAGCUCCAACGCGAAGGGCUUUGAGCUGGGUUACCUGGAGAAGGUGGUGGAGGUGAAGGACACCGUCCACCGUCAGUCUCUGCUGCAUCACACCUGCAGCCUGGUGCUGGAAAACUACCCAGAAUCCUCUGACAUCUACACGGAGAUCCCCGCCAUCAGCCGCUCCGCCAAAGUGGACUUUGAGCUGCUGUCAGAGAACCUGGUGCAGCUGGAGAGACGCUGCAAAGCAUCAUGGGACAACCUGAAGGAGGUGGCCAAACACGAGACGAAGGUGGCUCUGAAGAACAAGCUGACGGACUUCCUGAAGGACUGCACGCAGAGGAUCAUCAUCCUGAAGGUGGUCCACCGGAGGGUCAUCAACAGGUUCCACUCCUUCCUGCUGUUCCUGGGUCAGCCGUCGUCCUCGGUGCGGGACAUCAGAGUGACCACGUUCUGUCGGAUCGUCAGCGAGUUCUCUCUGGAGUACCGGACCACCAGAGACCGGGUCCUGACCCUGAGACGCAAACGGGCCGCCCACCGAGAGAGGACCAAGACCAGGGGCAAGAUGAUCACCGAGACGGAGAAGUUUUCAGGGGCGGUGUCUCAUGAGGACAGCUCGUCCCCCGUCUCCAUGGCGGCGCCGGAGGCGGGUCAGGAGGAGGAGCACGAGAACAUGAAGAACCUGCUGAUCAGUAGCAGCCUGACGGCGGCGGACCAGAGAGGACUGAGACGCUCCAGAGCCGUCCGCAGUCUCGGCAGGGUGAGUCCGUCUCAGAUGUUCAUGGCUAAAGAGGACGGGACCGGUUCCCAGGACGACGCCACCGACGAGAUCAUGGACCGACUGGUCAAGUCCGUCACCCAGAACCCCUCCGACAGACCGGCCAGCCCCAAGAACCGCAAACGGUCCCGGCUGAACAGGAAGUCACUGAGGAGGACUCUGAAGAGCGGACUCAGUGUGGACGUGGUUCAGGCUCUGGGACUCAACAAGUCAGCAGAUAAAGUCUGAGCAGAGACGCCGACCAACCGACCAAUCCAUCGAUCGGUUAUUGAUUGAAGAGACUGAACCCGGACCAGGAGGAAGAAGCUGUUCCUCUGUUUCCUGGCACAUCUGACGAGCUUCCUGUCGCUCGUUACCGUCGUGAAUGUUCGACACAAACCUGACCUAAAUAUGUAUUUAUUAAUAUUAACAUGUCGACAGAUAUUUCAGAUCCAGACCUGAAGAGGUUUAUCUCACCACGAUGAGCUGUACAUGAUCGCUGACAUAGUAAAGGGUUGUUCCAGCUGUUAGAGAAGGAGACGAUGAGCUGUUAGUACUGAACCGUCCACACAUUUAAUUAUUAUCAUCUUUCAUCUUUUUAACUGCAAAACAACUUUAAAAACUGGGACUGAAAGUUCAGUCUUGUCCUUGUAAAGAGAAGUUUCAGCUUUAAAACUGGUUUUCUAACCAGCCAGCGACUAACGUCCUCCGUCACCGCUCCGGUCUGACCACACGAGUCCUUGAAAGUCCUUGAAGAGUUUGAAAAGUAAGGGUGAAUGUUUCCUUUCACAGAAUCACUAAAGAGGUACAAACCUGCCACCUGCCACUGCGUUAGAGGGUGAGUGUUUGUGUGUGUUUAUUAUGUGAUCACAGCCUACAGGACUUAUUAUUACUAUUUCUGUACAGUCUAGUUAUUGUUUUUUGCACUUUGAGGUGUUUUUUGGUUGUUUCCUGUUCUGCUGACUUCAGGUCAGCUGAAAAGCUUCUUCAAUGUAUCAGGACUCUGUUUUGACUUAAAGAGUGAGAUGAACAUUUUAUUAUUAUAUGAUUGAAUGUGUUCAGGUUUAAUUAAUAAUAAAGGUUUUUAAUGAACAAC